GUAGGUGGAAUCCACAAGAAAAGCCAGUCCUUCUAUAAAUCAGCAAUUCCGGUUAUGAGGCUCUAAGUUGCUGUAAGUGUGAGCAUUUGGUGCCUAUGGAUCUGCUUUGAACCUUAGAGCCUGCUUAUGGGGGAAGGUGACACUGUCUGGGCCCCAUCCAUCCUUCCUCACAACGUCCUUGGCAUCUUAAGCCAGCACUCACAGCUGCACUUUGGAAGAAGGAUGGAGUCCAAAGUCUCAGAAGGUGGCCUGAAUGUGACACUGACAAUCCGCCUGCUGAUGCAUGGGAAGGAAGUUGGAAGCAUCAUUGGGAAGAAGGGAGAGACUGUGAAGAAAAUGCGUGAAGAGAGUGGUGCAAGAAUCAACAUCUCAGAGGGAAACUGUCCAGAGAGAAUUGUGACCAUCACUGGCCCUACAGAUGCCAUCUUCAAGGCCUUUGCCAUGAUUGCAUACAAGUUUGAAGAGGACAUCAUCAACUCCAUGAGCAAUAGCCCUGCCACCAGCAAGCCCCCGGUGACGCUGAGGCUGGUGGUCCCUGCCAGCCAGUGUGGCUCACUCAUCGGCAAAGGUGGUUCCAAGAUCAAGGAGAUCAGGGAGUCCACAGGUGCUCAGGUGCAGGUGGCAGGGGACAUGCUGCCAAACUCUACUGAGCGGGCAGUGACGAUCUCGGGGACACCUGACGCCAUCAUCCAGUGUGUCAAACAGAUCUGUGUGGUGAUGCUGGAGUCCCCACCGAAAGGUGCCACCAUCCCCUACCGCCCAAAGCCCGCCUCCACCCCUGUCAUUUUUGCAGGUGGUCAGGCCUACACUAUCCAGGGACAGUAUGCCAUCCCACACCCAGAUCAGUUGACCAAGCUCCACCAGUUGGCCAUGCAGCAAACCCCCUUUCCUCCCCUCGGACAGACCAACCCCGCUUUCCCCGGAGAAAAGCUGCCUUUACACUCCUCCGAAGAAGCUCAAAAUCUGAUGGGCCAGUCCUCAGGUCUGGAUGCCAGUCCCCCGGCCAGCACCCACGAGCUCACCAUUCCCAAUGAUCUAAUAGGCUGCAUAAUUGGACGCCAAGGGACCAAAAUCAAUGAAAUUCGACAGAUGUCAGGAGCACAGAUCAAAAUCGCUAAUGCCACCGAAGGGUCAUCAGAGCGCCAAAUAACCAUCACCGGAAGCCCGGCCAACAUCAGCCUUGCCCAGUAUCUCAUUAAUGCCAGGCUCACGUCCGAGGUCACUGGAAUGGGUGCGCUCUAA